CGAAAAAAAAUAUUUCGCAUUUUAUGAUGCUCUUCAACAAGGAGGAAAAUGGCAACAAAAAAUCCAAAAACCCCUUGCAAAUUUGGUGGUAAAUGUUACAGGAAAAACCCACAACAUCUCCAGCAAUUUAGUCACCCAAACAGAAAUGAUGAUGAGGGAGAUGAACCGAAGUUGAAGAAAAGAAAAACUGAGACUACAGCAAAGGGUAAAGGAAAGACAUUAGAUGAUUUCUUUGGUAAGAAGAAGGAAGACAAACAGAAGGUUCAUGAAGUUAGUGAUGAAGAGCCUGAGGUUGAUGAAAGUGAAACAGACAAGGGGAAUGAUAUACACGAUGAUAGUGGAAAUGAAUCACAUAGAGCAGAGAGUGAUGACAGUGAAGAAGUAGAUGAAGAACCUCCAGCAUCACCUGAAAAUGUCAGAGAAAAUAUUAAACAGAAGUUCCUCGUGGAAAUGCCAGAAGACUUUUACCAGUUUUGGGACUUCUGCAAGUCAGAAAAGGCUGAUAAUCCAUCAGAUGCAUUGAAGGAUCUUGUUGGUCUUCAACUUGUUUGGGGCCAUUUUGACAUCCUAAGCUGGCAAGCACGAAAGUACACUUUAUGUCACUUUAAUAAAAAAAAACUUUUUGUAAUGCUUUUCAGGGAUGACCCUAAAGAAAUGCCAGCAUUAGUGGGAGCUAACUCAGCAAAGACUGACUGUAAAAUUUCUAUCAAGGGAGACAAUUUGUUUGCAGCUGUAAGUGCCUACAUUGAUGAUAAACUAAAAUCUAAAGAAGUCAGUGCAGGCGAUAAAACUAAGUUGAAAGAAUUAUCAGAGAGACUUCAAUCAUGUGCCAAGAAGAAUAAGCAAACAUUAGAAUUGAAAUCUAAGCGAAUAAAGGAACGAGAGAAGAAAGUUGUGUGUAAAAGUUUUCACAGAUGUGGAAUUGUCGUGCCAGUUGACGAAAAUGAAGUCGGUUAUCGAGAAGUACCGGAAACACCUGCCGAUCUGAAAAGAAUGUUUAAAAAGAUUGCAGAUAGUAAAACCGAUGCAGAGCGGGACAAAAACUUUGAGCCACUACAGGAGAUAAUAACACUUAUUCAAUUCGCUAAUGAUGAGUGUGACUAUGGUGAAGGUCUCGAACUUGGAAUUGAUUUGUUCUGUUACGGCGGGGAAACUUUCCAUACCACAAUUCGGCAGUUGCUGUCACUUGCGUACGAUCUGUUAAAUAGAGAAGAGUAUGGACGAAUUAUUGAAGCUCAUUUAAAACAUCGGAAACGGGGAGAUGAUUUGAGUCAGUUAUGAUUUUUCAAAUAGUCUGAUUUAUUCUG